UUUCAAGCAACGACACGCAAAUAACAACAAACUGAGAGCGCAGACACGCAAAUGACACACAACUAACAAUAAAGCAGUUUCACCGUGUAGUUGCCAGCGUUACAAUGUUGGACACACAUUUGACAAAUAGUUGGAAAGUCUUUCAUUAUUAUAAUCGUUCCCGAGAACGGCCCCCUGUAAUUGGACAGGCGGAACGCUUAAGACGUGUUGGAAGGAGCGCUUGUUUUUGUUCGAGAUCCUCUUUCGUUUUCAUUUGUGGGUCUUUGGCGCGAGGGGUUUUCAUCAUGUCCCGCAGCGUACUGAUGCUUCUGAUCGUCCUCACGUCAUUGACAGGCGUGUGUCCCAGCAGCCUCGAAGAGCCAUAUGUCAAGGCAGGUGAGAUGGUGGCGCUGUACUGCCCUCAGGACAGUGGUUCCAGUCAUCCUGACGCCAAAGUGAUCUGGAUCAGUUACACCACCCAGGAGAGGAACCUGACCCACACGUCCCCAGCUGAGCAGAGGAAGAUGGGGUUGGUGGUGCAUGGGAGGAGCCUUGUGAUUCUCAAUGCUUCUCGAGACCAUCAGGGGAAUUACUCGUGCUCUCAGGGGAAUGCCAGCAAGCAGUUCUGGUUCAUGCUGAUCGUGUGCACAGCACAGUCCAGAGAGAACAACCAGAGGACCCGGUACCCUCUAAUAUGUUCCCUGGAAGAGGCCUGCACAUUGAAUUGUCCUGAGGUGAACGUACCUGCUGCAAGCAUUACAGAUAUUACCAGCAAAGGCAUCACAUGGCACAAGGAGGGAGAGUCCUCGCGAAGACAUGACCACUUCUCAAGCGUGGAAGAGAAGGACCAAGGAGAAUACACCUGUACCAGGUCAUACCUGUAUUAUGGGCAAAUAUACAAGAUGACCUUUACAUUGCUUCUUAUAGUCAAACCUAAGGAAAAAUCUGGUCAAUCAAUGAUACUCUCACCACAAAGAAGUGGUGUACUUACUGUUGCUCUAGGCGCAACAGUGGUGGUGGGUUGUGAAGCUGUUAUGUAUUCAGACUUCGACGAGGUGUUCUGGUUAGAAAACGGAAGAGAGGUGGAAACGAACAACAGCUUUCCUGUUUUCUACAAUGACACACGGGAGAGUAAUGCUUCAGUAAUAAAGAUGACGGCAUCUCUGGUCUUCAAAAACGUGGCAGAGGAGGAUUUGUCAAAAUUGUACACCUGCAGACUAGAAUCUGUAACUGGACCUCAAAGCUCUGUCACCAUCACCUUGGCCCGGAAAGCCGCUCCAUCCUCCAUCUCGUUGGCUCUCGGCAUUGCGGCUGUCGUGCUGGUUAUUCUUGUGACAAUUGCUGUUUUGGUCAAACUCAAAAUGGACACUUGUACACUGUGUGGUACAAUUUGUUGCCAUCACAAACCCUCAGGUGGAAAGAGCUAUGACGCCUUUAGGAUGUCUUUAUGAUGGUGACGUCCUACCGGGGAAAGGUCUCCCUUCUACCGCCAUUCCACCUCCCAAGCUCAUCCAGAAUGCAGCAGCUCGACUCAACUCCUCCGCUCUCUUCACUGGCUACCCACUUCAAAACAUUGGUGCUCACGUACCGUGCUGUGAAUGGAUCGGGUCCAGUUUUCAUCCAGGACAUGGUCUAACAUCCCGACCCGCACUCUCCGCUCGGCAUCUGCAAACUGCUCGUCCCUCCCUCACUGAGAGCAAAACACUCGACUAGAUCACAACUCUUUGCUGCCCUUGCUCCGAAAUGGUGGGACGAGCUCUCUUCCGCCGCAAACUGAAUACACACCUUUUGAGACUUUAUCUUGACUAAAAACACUAAAUGAAUUGUAGCACUUAAAUUUACUUAUAAUGGCACUUAUCUAUAGCAAGUUGUUUCUUGUUUCUUGUUCUUUUGAGUUUGUAUCUCUAUGGAUGAAAAGCAGUUAUUGUGGGCCGUUUUGGAUAGAAGGUGUAAGCUAAAUGACGUGUAAUGUAACUUUUUAAAGCAUUGACUGUUUUAAUAGUUUAAAGCAUUCUUUGGAUUCACAAUUAACGAUAAAAUAGAUAUUAAAGAUAUUUGUAAAAUCGGAAA